AUGGUCGAGCCACGGUGUCGCCUGUCCUUGGUCACGGAUCCGAGGCAAGACAAACCCGAAGGUUGGACCCGCUUCGUGUGUUUCAGUGACACUCAUGGCUUGCACGCCAAGAUUCCUGCGAAGCAUAUGCCCGAAGCGGAUGUGCUCCUUCAUGCUGGAGACUUCACCAACCAGGGUGAGGUAUCACAGGUGCAGAGUUUUGCCCAGUGGUUGCGCGACUAUCCGGCCAAAGAGAAGGUGGUCAUCGCAGGAAAUCAUGAUUUGAGCUUCGAUGAGGAGUACUGCCGGGCACGGAUGAAGAAAACAUCCAUGUGCGCGGAGGUGAAAGAGACUCUUUCUGGAAGUUGUACAUAUUUGGAAGAUGAAUUCGUGGAAGUUUUUGGGUAUCGAAUCUAUGGCUCUCCCUGGCAACCCGAGUUUUGCGACUGGGCCUUCAAUUUGCCUCGUGGGGAAGCAUUGGCCAAGGUUUGGAAAAAGAUCCCUGACAGCCUUGAUAUUCUUAUGACGCACGGCCCAGCAUACAGCAUUCUGGACAAAUGCCAAAGCGGCCUGAAUGCGGGCUGUGAAGAGCUCUUGAAAGCCAUCAGGAAACGAAACGUGAAGGUUCAUCUCUCUGGACACAUCCAUGAGGAAUGCCUCGACUUGCACCUUUUUCUCCAGGUUUUCAGGAGACAACCCAGCUGAGAACACAUAUUUUCCCACCGAUCAAGAAACCUGUGUAGUGGCCAUCCCCAUGGAAUCCAACAGCCGCAGCCAGCGAACUUUGGCGCGGUCCAUUUCAUCGCUCAAUUUGGAACCUCCAAAUCCACGGCUCCUUGAUCGUCUUCGGGGCACCUACACAGCAGAAGGACAAGAUCCGGCGGUUACAGCCGUGGGUCACGGCCAGAUGGCUCAGCAGAGGGUUCUUCAAGGUGAUGUGACAGCACAUCGAAACAGAGAAGGACAGUAAGUUCGUUUGCUGAGUGCGAUUGGUGUAGGGGUGCAUAGUCCAAAACACUGCCUGACUGCGGAUGCUGUUUGAAUGGUG